UUUAGGAGGCCCGCAGGCACCUUGGCCGCAGCGCAUCCCAACACUGUGCCCAGUCGGAGUCCAGUGCUCGCCCCGAACGCACCGAGGAACAGCUCCUUCGCUUAGCACACGCUACCAACACACAACACACAAGCCAUGGCUAACCGCGGACCCGCCUACGGACUCAGCGCCCAAGUGCAGAACAAGAUCGCUGGCAAGCGUGACCCAGCUCUGGAGGAGAGCAUCAUGCAGUGGAUGGCCGCCAUCCUCGGACAGCCCCUGCCGAACGGUGACUUUGGUGACAUCCUCCGCGAUGGCGUUGUCCUCUGCAACCUGAUGAACAAGCUGAUGCCCGGCUGCAUCCCCAAGAUCAACACCUCCGGUGGCCAGUUCAAGCUCAUGGAGAACAUCACCCACUUCCAGAACGCCGCCAAGGCCUGGGGUGUGCCCGAGAUCGACGUCUUCCAGACCGUUGACCUCUGGGAGAAGAGGAACAUCCCCCAGGUCGCCCAGUGCCUGAUGGCCGUCGGCCGCGCCUGCUACAUGCACCCCGAGUACCGGGGACCCUGCCUCGGACCCAAGCCCGCCGAGGAGCAAAAGCGCGAGUGGACGCAGGAGCAGCUGCGGGCCGGCGAGGGCAUCAUCAACCUGCAGUACGGCUCCAACAAGGGCGCCACCCAGAGCGGUCAGAACUUCGGCAACACCCGGCACAUGUGGGUACUCGUUUCGCACGUAGUCUUCGGCGGCGAGCAGACCCAGAGACGAGCUAACGUAAUCGAGGCAGGCACGCUCGACAAGCCUUCCACUCUUUUCGCUCGUUCCGACCCGCAGGUCCGACCUGCCCGCGACGAUCCAGAGAUGUUCUUCGAUAAACAUCCAAGAGAUGGCCUCGGCUAUGGCUCGAUCGGAAUGCUUCGUGAAAAGCACGUCGAUGUUCUCGAACAGCUUGCUUCCUAUAACGACAGGACUAUCAGCGCCGAACAGAUACGGCUUGCUGUGUUUAUUGAUGAGCUCCAACAACCAAGUGUCAUGCCAAGCAUGGGUGCCUCUGUACUCAUUGCGGCGACCAAGGCGGUGACCACGACGACGCAGAUGCCGACGAACACGGUGAGCAAGGGAAGCACCAACGUGCUCAGGCCAUUCGCCUGUCGAGAGUACGCGCUGCUGCAGUUCGUCAUGGCUUACCGUGGUCCGGCGUACGGUCUCAGCGCGCAGAUCGCCAGCAAGAUCGCAUCGAAACGGGAUCCCGAACUGGAAUCUCAGAUCUUAGACUGGAUUGAAGAGGUGCUCGAACAAAGACUUCCUCAGGGACCAUACGAAGAAGUGCUUCGAGAUGGAGUUGUAUUAUGCAAGCUCAUGAACGCUCUGAACCCGGGCUGCAUUCCAAAGAUCAACACGACGGGCGGCCAGUUCAAGAAGAUGGAGAACAUUGUGCUGUUCCAAAACGCGGCCAAGGAGUGGGGUGUGCCUGACCUCGACGUCUUCCAGACCGUCGACCUCUGGGAGCGGAGGAACAUCCCGCAGGUCUCGCAGUGCAUUCUAGCACUGGGACGAGCGUGCUACCUGCACCCUGAAUACCAGGGACCUUGCUUGGGACCCAAGCCGGCGGAGGAGAACAAGAGGAACUUCAGCGAACAGCAGCUCAGAGCGGGAGAAGGAAUCAUCAACCUCCAGUACGGCACCAACAAGGGCGCCAACGCGAGCGGCAUCAACUUCGGCAACACGAGACACAUGUAACGCCCCGACAUUUUCGAAAAAAAAAAAAAAA